GUCGAUCAUAAGGGAUCGAUUGAAUCGCGUCUCCGUGUAAAAAAUAAAAAAUACAAAAAAUGGCCGUCUGCAUUAUUUGCACGUAUUUAGUGUUUUUCAAUAAACCUUCCUCGGUCGCUUGUCCCAAGUGCAGGCUGGUUUUCCACAAAAGGUGCGUGGCCGCGGGGACGCUCCGCUGCCCCAACUGCGGCCAGGGCCUCCGCUCGGACGCCGACGAGGAGGAGAUCAUGACCCCGGAGGAGGCGGCUCGGGUGCUCCAGUCGCUCAAGGUGAACGCCGCCCGCAGGUUCGAACGGAAAAAACGCAGGGCCAAGCGGACCGGAAGUCCCAUAACGCGCAUGAUGACCAGGAGGAUGAUCCGCGAGGCGGUAGAGAAGUACAAGAAUUCAGACUUAGCUCAGAGAAGUCCUUCGCCCCGACUUGCGAACCACGAGAUGGACAUGAAAAACGAUCCGACCGUAGCCAAGUUGAUGUCUCAGGUAGUCGGUGGCAUGCCGACCGCAGAUGUAAAGGUGCCUCCUGGGAAUUGCAUGCUGCCAAAUGAAUUUUUGAAGUACCAGGACAGGAUCCGUAACCUCGAGGUGCGCCCGGACGACGUUUGGAUCAUCACCUUUCCCAAAUGCGGCACUACAUGGACUCAAGAGAUGGUCUGGCUUUUGUUGAACGACUUCGAUUUCGCGAAAGCCAAAUCUACGUUGUUACACGUCAGGAGUGUCUUUCUGGAGUACAAUGCGAUCGGGGGUUUCAGGGAAAAAGACGGAAGUGACGAUACAGUUGAUCUGGUCGAAAAGAUGAAAUCUCCAAGGGUCGUAAAGAGCCACCUGCCGUUAUACCUCCUCCCGAAGAAACUGUUCGAGGUUAAGCCCAAGAUCAUCUACGUGUACAGAAACCCAAAGGACGUCGCCAUUUCGUAUUUCCACCACCACCGACUUUGGAACGAGUUCACGGGCUCGCAAGACGAUUUCGUCAAAGCUUUCCGGGAGGACAAAGUGACGUCGAGCCCUUUCUGGGAACACGUCUUACCCUUUUGGGAUAAAAGGGAAGAACCGAACAUUCUGUUCAACACGUUCGAAGAUAUGAAAAAGGACCUGCGCGCGGUAGCGCAUAAGACGGCGGAUUUUCUGGGAGUGGCCAUCCCGGAGGAGGUCGAAGACGAACUCCUGGACCACCUCAGCUUCCGCAAAAUGAAAGACAACCCCGCGGUCAACUUCGAAGCCGAGGCGAAAGAAAUGAACAAAGACGUCAGUUUCAUCCGCCAAGGAGAGUCCGGCGCCUGGAAGAAGGUCCUCACCGAAGAAGAGACCGUGAAAUUCGACAACUGGACCGCCAGUUAUUUAAAAAACUCUGAUUUCCCUUUCUAUUCAAAAUAAAAUGAGUUUUAUCUUUUAAAUAAUUGGGCAGAUAAUUUAGACAUUGUUACAAUAAUACACCACGGAUUCAUCACCAACCAGGAUUCACCACCACCCCAAAUUGUCAUGGAAUGUACUUAUCAUUAAUUAGUUAAUUUAUGACUUGCGUUGAAUAAUUAAUUAAUUAACUUUAUAAUUUAAACAGUACGUACAUUUUAUUACUGCUCAUUCUGGACAGGGAAGAAAACGUACCAAGUCAUUGCUGGACUUUUGACACAUUAAUUUGUAUCUUACAAAGACUUUAUUUUGCUUUUAUUUAAAUAUGUUUUGUAAUAUUCCUGUCUAUUAACCUCAAAUUGUCGACAACCUAUAUAACUAUAAAGACAAUCUCAAUACUACUACUCAAUGCUACUUAUGAAUCAAAAAAUGUGAGUACACUGAAUCUAAACCUCUUUCAAUUUCUGCAUAUUUGGGUGGAAUAAAAUAGUUGAAUGCCCAGGAAAAUUUUUCUGCUCUUUAAAUCAACAUUCUUAUUAUAUCACAUAUAAAAGAAAAUAGCUUUAAACAGGUUAAGUAACUUUGGCAAAAAACGCCAUCCCAAUGUAUGGUGUAUUGUCAGUAAAAAAGGCCAGUAUGAACCGCCCCUGUUAUGUAAUUUUUAUAAUUAUAAUAAUAAAGUUUAUAAUUAUCAAUUUGUA